AUGUGGCUCAGCUACGUAGAUGAUACGUUUGUUAUCAUGAAGACCUGCGAAAUUGAGCAGCUACACCUGAGUCUGAAUAGCGUGUUCCCAGCUAUCCAGUUUACUUGCGAAAAGGCAACAGGCAUUCUCCCGUUUCUAGACGUUAGUAUCCAAAGACUAAGUGAUGGCGGCCUUGCAACAAGCGUCUACCGAAAAGACUCCAGUGCUGACGUCAUUCUUAAUUAUGAAAGCAACCAUCCUGCGGCUCAUAAAAGGAGCUGUGUCCGAACCCUUUUCCACCGGGCCUAUCGGUACUGCAGCAGCGACGAUCUACGUAAGAAAGAACUCGCUUUCCUGUAUCGGUUAUUCCGACUCAACGGAUACCCGGUCAGCUUUGUAAAAAAUUGUCUCAGGCAUCAAAGACAACCACAAGGCUUUGGUUCUAAUGAGGGACCAGAACAUCGGAAAUUCUACUCGCUACCCUACAUGCAGGGUAUUUCCGAAGCGAUCGCCCGACAACUAAACCGGUUUGGCAUCUUCCUUGCCCACAAGCCGGCGUCCUCUGUGCGCGCAACACUAUCGCGAGUGAAAGACCCUAUACCUAAAGAGCAGCAAACCAAUGUCAUCUACCGCAUUCCGUGCGCCAACCGCUCUUGCGACUAUGUUGGCCAUACAGGCCGACGACUUGGGACGCGUAUAAACGAGCAUAAACUAGCCAUUCGCCGACGUGAUCCCUUGUCACUCGUGUUUGCACACGCCCUUGAAUGCGACCAUCGCUUCAACUGGGAAGGAACUGAAGUUGUUGCCAUGGCGAACACCAAACACGCUCGUGAAUUCCUCGAAGCCUGGCACUCUAACCCGACAAGCAUCAAUCGCCAUGUCGAUCUAGAUGCUCAUUACGAAGGUCUGCGCGCCCGGCUCACUGACUUGCGCCCACGACCUAACAGCAGCCGCUAA